CCCAGUUCCCGGAAGUGCAACUGGUGCUUCAUGGACAAGGAAGAGAUAUUUGUUGAGCUGUAGUCUGGAGACCAUAUUAACUUUUAUAUCUUGACCCAGAGUGACUCCUGUUAACCCGACAUCAUGCCUCUGUUCGCACAGAAUCCUUUCGACCAAGAUGUCGAGAAGGCAACCAAUGAAACCAACACAACAGAUGACUGGGGCCUCAUCAUGGACAUCUGUGACAAGAUUGGGACGACAGCCAAUGGACCAAAGGACAGCUUGAGAUCCAUCAUGAAGAGAGUCAACCACAAGGUGCCUCAUGUUGCCAUGCAGGCCCUCAACCUGCUCGGUGCUUGUGUGUCAAACUGUGGCAAAAUAUUCCACCUGGAAAUCUGUUCAAGAGAGUUCGCCAGUGAAGUGCGGAGCGUGCUGAGCAGGGCCCACCCGAAGGUGUGUGAGAAGCUAAAGGCUCUGAUGGUGGAGUGGGCUGAAGAAUUCCAGAAGGAUCCACAGCUCAGCCUGGUCAGUGCCACCAUCAAGUCCCUGAAAGAGGAGGGCGUCAGCUUCCCCUCGCCGUCCUCACAGGGGUCCAACUCAAAGGGCAGUACGACCGCUGUGAGCAAAGCAUCAGAUGAUGACAACCUGGCCAAAGCCAUUGAGCUGUCCCUGCAGGAGCAGAAGCAGCAGGCGGAGACACGGCCCCUGAGCGUGACCUCUGACCCCCCAGCCUACACCAACGGUGGCGGGGGGCAGGAGGUGCGGAAGGUGCGAGCGCUGUACGACUUCGAAGCAGCUGAAGAUAAUGAGCUGACAUUCAAGGCUGGAGAACUCAUUCUGGUUCUGGAUGACAGUGAUCCAAACUGGUGGAAAGGAGAGAACCACAGAGGAAUGGGACUGUUCCCCUCCAACUUUGUCACAACCAAUCUGAACGCUGAGCCUGAGACAGUGACUUAUGUCGAAAAGACGUCCAGUUCUGAAGAGACGAGCCUGGAAACCAAAGUUGAGCCUGAGCCUGUCUUCAUUGAUGAGGCAAAGAUGGACAGAACGCUGGCACUGCUGCAGAACGCAGAUCCUGCAGAUCCGGCUCCUGACGGUCCAGAGCUGAUCCAGCUGGAGGGUGCGUGUGAACAGAUGAACCCGCUGAUUGAUGAGAAGCUGCAGGAGAUUGACAGGAAACACUCAGAGCUGUCUGAGCUGAACGUCAAAGUUCUGGAGGCCCUGGAGCUUUACAACAAGCUCAUGAACGAGGCUCCGUUCUACUCGGCCUACUCCAAGAUGCAGCCGCAGUACGCUCCAGCCGGCUCAGCUGUGGCCAUGCAGGGCUACAUGGGCCCCGCCAGCGGCCCCUACCUGCCUCCAGUGAUGUCACAGGUUCCUCCUGCUCAGCCCUACAGUCUGCCCAGCGACCAACCCGGACCGCUGCACUCACUCCCCCCCAACGUCUCCGCCCCGCCCAACAGCCAGGCUGCACAGCCUCCAUACAUGAGCACUGCGAUGAACGCUCAGUACAUGAACCAGGCUGCUGGAGCUCCUUACCCACACCAGGGGGGCGUGGCCAUGGACAUGUCGACCUAUCACAACUCCAACAUGCCUCCUGUGUCCUAUCCUGUGGCUGCUCCUCCUCAGCAGGCUCCUCAGCAGCAGCAGCAGCAGCAGCAGGCGGCGUACUACCAGCAGCCUCUGCUGUAAAACUGAGACUGACUGCAGACCUGAGAUCAGUUCACACCUCAGAUAUUUCACUGUCCAGUGUUCAUUCAGCUCACCUGGUGUGUGUGUGUGUGUGUGUGUGUGUGUGUGUGUGUGUGUGUGUGUGUGUGUGUGUGUGUGUAAAUGCUUUAGGAAACAUUCCUUCAGCCUUUCUUGUGCCUGCUGAGCUGAACUGAACAUGCUGAGUGAAAGGUGAAAUACCUGAGGUGUGUGUGUGACGCAGGUGUGUUGUUGAGUCGGGACACUCUGUGUGAACGUCCUCAGCUACUGUACGUGAGGCUUAACACGGUGUCAGGACUUUUCUCCUGUCCUUCACUGCUUUUUCCUGACUGACAGUGAACGCAGCGCUGGUCUUCACCCACAGGCCACCACAGAAGAAGAGUUGGGUUUAAAUCCAGGACCAUAAAAUGAUCAGUCAUCGCCUCACUGACUCAAUCAGCAUCUCACACUUCAACACAGAGCUCAUCCAAACAUCACUGUUUCUGAAUUCAGCCCCUCCAAAGAAUCCACACAUCCUCAUCUGAGGUUUUAACAGACGGUCGGGUCACGUUCACUCUGACCGAGGUAAACCAAGCGUCUGUUUCCACCUCGUUGCAGAGUAGCCAACACAGACGCUGGAAACGUUCAGCCACAGUUCAGUACUGCACCAAAACAAUCUGAUAAAUAUCACGUUAAGGGGGCGGGACUUAUGAUCAGCCAAUCAGCGCCACAGGCUAAUGCUGUUAUCAGGCUGAUGUCAGGCAGUGUGUUGGAACUAAUGAGGACUAGUAACAAAAAUGGCGAGCACUAUAAAUAAGACAGGCGCUGCGCUCUACAUCGACACGUCCUCUCACUGUCACCUGACAUCGUUGUUUCUUUAACUUCCCUCCGCACUGUGUCACAGGUGUGUCGGUGUCGACGUUAGAUUCAGGCACCUCGGUCUGCACUGAUUGGUUAAGAGAAAUCAAAUCUCCCUCCCACACAGAAAUCAGUGGAGUGGAUGCAGUGUGAGACUGAAGAUGAAACAGUUGACAGUUCAGUCUGACAUCAUGAAACUAAACCAGCAGGUGGAACAUCAGCCUUUAUGCAAACCUCCGCACGGCUGGUUUAAACUGAUCAGUGCUGAGGCGUAUCUGUUCCAUCAGAUGCUUCAGAGACAGAUGAUCGAAAAACAGACGACAAAAUCUUUGCACAGACGUGUUCUGCAGAGAAAAUCAUGUCAGUCUCAUUUUGUCGUUCAGACAGGAAACUGACUGAGCACGUUAGCUGUGGACUGAAGCUCGUUAACACCUGAAUUACAUUUUCAAAAGUUUCUGCAUUAAAGAAAACCGUCAUCCACAGACUGACUGUUUGUACGUCAGUAACCUCCACGUGUUGCAUUCAAUCUGGGAAGAAAACUUUCUCACAUGCCUCCACGCUGAACCAAAUAGUAUGACCCUAUUGUUUUCAAUGUACAACCCCACAUCGAUGUGUAGACGCUCUUGGACACGCCGCUCAAACAAGCCAGUUUUCGUAGUGGCCAAACAGUGGUACUGCAGUUCUCGGGUCCGUCACAUGAUGCCAUCAACCCAAAAAGACUUUUACCAUGGAGCUACGCUGGGACAGAGAUGUCUGUAAAUCAGUGGAUGAAUCUGUUUGAGUGACACGGUCCCUGCAGAAUGUCUGAUGGCAUUUCACAAGUGUAGAAGAUCCUCAAGAUUCAAUCAUAUGAUCCCUGUUCAAGUCAGUAGAGCGCUAACCUGAACACAUCCAUUAACUGUAGGUGCAACAUUUAAUUUGUUGAAGUAGCUCGUACAGUCUCACUCUAAAAGAUCUGAACUGUUUCCUGUCAGUGCUCAGUAUUUUCUGAUUCUUCGUUCACUGUGGAGAAAUGUGGAAACAAAAAAGUUUUCUCUACAAAUUCAGUGUACCACGUGGAGAGGAGCUGGUGUUCAGAGGGUCACGCCUCUCUUUAAUGUUUCUGGUUUUAUUGAUGAUGUUUUUAAGACUGUGGCUGAAAUCAUCUGACAGACAGGUCCACUUCAUUAUGACCUCUGUGACCUUUAGUGCGACUCACACUGACUGAUCCAAACGCUGCAUCUCUGUGAGAGUUGGUGUUGCUGCAGAGCCUGUGUGGGCGGGGCCACACCUCCUCACUUCAUGACAAAAUGUGCAGGAGCUCCAUCCUCAUUUUCUUCAUCACCAGCAUCCGUCAGCUCACCUGAUAAAGUACAAACUCUACUUUCAUCCAUCACAUGUUGGUUAACACUUCUGUUUGUGUAAAUGGUUAAAACCUUUUCCUUAAACUCACUGCCUUGUGAUGCGUUCAGUGGAUUCUGCAUCUGACAUAUUUAAGACGACGUUUUCUGUGUGUGUGUGUGUACGUGUGCACAUAUUUGUUUUUUACAUGUGUGUAUGUGUUUGAGGGCUUUACCCGCUGUAGGUUCUUUAUCAAUGUAAAAAAGAGUAACACUGAUUUUCACGAUGAUCGUCAGACUUUAGGGUGAAGUGAGGAAUAGUUUAAUAAUCUGAUGAACACGCUGCGUCUCUUCAUGAUCAUCACAUUAUCCUGUCACGUGUCGGCUCUCUGUCACUCAGCACAUCCUGUCAGGACGUCAUGUUUUAUGCAAACACACCAGAUGUUUCAUGUCAAACUUGUCAGUGACUGUACUUUGAUUUAUAUAUAUGGAGACAUUAUACAUGUAUAAUUUACAUGGCUGGAGAAUUUGUAAUUAUUAUUAUUCUGUUGCUUCUGCUUUUAAUUUGAUUUUUGAAAAGUUUCAGAAACAAGAUGAUGACAGAAAAGUGAGAGAUGUGUUUUUAACUGUUUGUUUUUGGGGUUAAAUUGAGGAGCAGCUUUGAUAGGAUCUGCCGUCUGUGUGUUGCAGUAGCUCCGUAGUUACGACUCUAUCCAGACCUGUCUAUACUUUCUUUAUGCGCCUGAUAUUAAAGGCCUUGUAUAUUAGAUGUAAGAUACCUGGUUUUGUUGGUGACGUUGCACCUUAGCUUUGUAAACUUUUAUUUACCACUGGAUGCCUUGUUUCUCUGUAGAAAUCAAAGGACGACACGGACACGACGUUAUACAGCGAGUAACUUCAGAAUCCGCUGGAUAUGUAUAAUUCUGUAUAUUUAAAAUAUUCCAAGAAAAGUUCCUUUAUCCAGGAUUUAAACAGCUUUUUUAACAGAGCGAACUUAUAAUAUUCUUUAAAUAAAAGAAAUUUACCUGUGA